AUGCCAUUUGGCUUAAAAAACGCGCCUGCCACUUUCCAACGAUUAAUGAAUACCGCUCUUACAGGCCUCCAAGGCAUACGGUGUUUCGUCUACCUUGACGACAUCGUUAUAUACUCUCAUGACUUGAAUUCUCAUAUUGAUAACCUUUCGUCAGUAUUCCACAGGCUUCGAAAUUACAAUUUAAAACUCCAACCUGACAAGUGCGAAUUUCUCCGACGUGAAGUCGCAUACCUUGGCCAUCAAAUAACUAAAGAUGGUGUAAAACCUAACCCUGAAAAGGUAAAAGCGGUAACUCAAUUUCCUACUCCGAAAUCCCCGAAGGACAUUAAGUCCUUCCUCGGUCUUGUAUCCUAUUAUCGCCGUUUCAUUGCCAACUUCUCAAAAAUUGCUAAACCUUUAACUCAACUUCUAAAAAAGGAUGUCCCCUUUCUAUGGUAA